AAUCGGUUCGCGCGGGCGCGCUCGAUUUUAGCAAAAAUUGGCUGGAUAUAAGCCCCACGACGCUCGAAUCGGACCAAAAACUGCGCGCGAGUUCCCUCGAGGCCCACUCCCAGCUCCGAAUCGAAAUCCGGCAGCUCGCAGGGCUAGGGGCGCGUUUCAGGCCGAAUCAAAUAAGCUGCCAUCCGUGAUCAGCUCGACGCGUCGUCAACUCCAUAAGCUAUGACGCCCACCCCCUCGCCCCGCGGCAGCGAGGAGCUGACGGUACGAACGAACCCGAACACGCCGCCGCGGACGCCGCGCAGCGCGCUCGACGCGAUCGAGGGCGGCGCGCCGCCGUCCUCGGCGCGAGCCGUGCUCGAGGCCCUGCGGGCGCUGCAGCGCAAGAUCGUGCGCCUCGAGACGGAGCGCUCCAGCGCCCUGCGCGAGGCAACGGAGCUCCGCCAUCGCUUCGAGGGCCAGUCGGCGGCCUCCGAGCGCGCGUCCGAGCUCCAGAGCCGCCAGCUCGAGGACCUGGAGCGGUCCUUCCAGCUGCGCGAGAGCCGGUUGGUACGCGAUAGAGACGACCUGACGCGGCGUCGAGAUCCGUGUAGAAAUCCAAGCCCACGCCGGCUGCUCGACGGCGUGAGGUCACCGGGCGAUAUCCACGCAGGCCUCGACGACGCGGAGCGCGACAAGCUCGACGCGCUGCGGGAAUGCGCCGGUUUGAGGGACCGCGCCGACGCGCUGCGGGCGCGGCUCGCGCGCGCCGAGGCGCGCGCCGUGGGCGACUUGGACGCGGCGGCGGCGCGGUCGCCGGGCGCCGGCCGCGACGACGCGCUGGCGGCGCGGCUCGCGUCGACGACCGAGCGCGCGGUCGCGGCGGAGUUGAGAGUGGAGGACCUCGAAAACGAGCUCCGGGCGGCGCGCGAGGCUCGCGAGCCGCCCGCGGCCGCGCCGCCACUACCACCACCGCCGCCGCCGUCCCCGCCGCCGCCGCCGCGGCUGCGCCUCGCCGCGAAGCCCAAGCGCGCCGUUUCGAAAGCCGCUCCAAAGAAGGCCGUGUCGAAGGCCCCAGCGCCGACGCGGCCUGGCGCUGGCCCCGCCGCCGCUGCGGCGCGGCUCAAGGCGAGGAAGGCGGUCCCGCCGAAAAAGCGGGCCGCCACGGCAGCCGCCGGCGCGUCAAAACGGAUAAGUGCGAAGGAGGCCGCCGCGGGCCGCGCCGCCUCCCUCGCCGCGCCAAAGCGGAGCGCCACAGCCGCCCGCGCCGUCACCGCCGCUGCGCCGAAGCGGAGCGCCACGGCCGCCGCCGCGGGCCGCGCCGCCGCCGCCGCGCGCCUCAAGGCCACCGCGAAGAAAAUCGGGGCACCGAAGCCGUCGGCGACGCACCCCUACCUCCGCACGACGCGGCCACGACGGCCGGCCGCGCCCGCGCCCGCGCGCGCGCCGAGGCAUUCGGCGCCGCCAGACUCGCCCGUAAACCCGGCCGACGCGCGCGGCGAGACGCCGCUCGUCGACGCGCUCCAGGAGGCCGUCAACGCCACGGACGACCCGGACCACGUCAAGACGCUGCGCGACAUCCUCGCGCGCGUACAAGGCGGCGAAGACGCGCCAGCUUGA